CGAGCCGGUGGACUCACGUCGCGAUACCUUUCAUCGGUGCCAGAAAAAAUCGCGCGAUUUGUCCAAACUGAUGAGGCCUACCACGCGACCGCUCACCUCACACUGUGACCACUCGAUAUCUUUAUAACGACGCGCCAACCCCUGUGAUAAUAGUUACUCUAGUUACAUGAGGAUACUGAAAUAUUAUUUAGGUAUACACAUUGAGUGAAGUGAAAAUUUUAUUUUGUGUAAUUGGUAAACUAUUGUGAUUUUGCGGCUGUUCUACGAACUGAAGGCUGGAUUUUCAUUAUACUACAAGUAAUGUUAGCAGAAAGAAGCUUUCGAAGAGUUUGGUCUGAGAUUGAGGGCAGAGGGUAGAGUGUGUGAAGACGCGGUGAGCAGCGGGGCGCUCCCGCCGCGUGGAUGGUGGCGGGCGAAUGGGGCUAUGCGCCGGCGCCGGCCACCCCCGCCAUGAACGCUUUCCUCGAGACCAACCACGCGCACCUCGCGUCGUACGGGCUCAAGAUGUCGCCGCAGCCGGGGUGCGGCCCGGGCGGCCAGCCGCGCGCCGCCGCGCCGCACGCGCCGCACCACCCGCACCACUACCAGCCGUACCCGCUGCACUCAUACCAGCCGGGCUACCUCCGCGAGUAUGGCGCCUGCGGCGAGCUUUUCCCGCAGCAACCGCUCGAGCAGAGCUGGGAGUGGCGCGGCGACGUGCACUACCAGGGCGGCGCGCCCCCGCUCGUGCCGCACUCGCACCCGCACGCGCCGCACGCCUUCCUGCGCUACGUGCGCGCGCCGCCGCGCCGCGACAUGCGCUGCCAGUGGCUCGACCCCGACCAGCCGCCGCCCAGGAAGCUCUGCAACAAACUGUUCUCCAGCAUGCACGAGAUCGUGACGCACCUCACGGUGGAGCACGUGGGCGGCCCCGAGUGCACCACACACGCCUGCUUCUGGCAGGGCUGCUCGCGGAACGGCCGCCCGUUCAAAGCCAAGUACAAGCUGGUCAACCAUAUCCGAGUGCACACAGGAGAGAAACCCUUCCCCUGCCCCUUCCCCGGCUGCGGGAAAGUGUUUGCCCGCUCCGAGAACCUCAAGAUUCACAAGAGGACGCAUACUGGCGAGAAGCCGUUCAAGUGCGAGUACGCGGGCUGCGACCGAAGGUUCGCCAACUCCUCGGAUCGGAAGAAACACUCGCACGUGCACACGUCAGACAAGCCCUACAACUGCCGGGUGCACGGCUGCGACAAGUCGUACACGCACCCCUCCAGUCUGCGCAAGCACAUGAAGGUGCACGGCGCGGCGGGCGACGCGUCGCCGCGGUACGACAGCGACGGAGACGACUCCUCCUCAGCUGGCAGCGUCAGCGUGACCGCCGGCGCUGCCAGCCCGCCCGUGCCGCCGCCUCCGCCCGCACCCGCGAUACAACACCACCCACACCACCACACCUCCAUAGCCGACAAGCUGGAGAGCCUCAACGACAAGUACCUCAAUCCUCACGACCAAAAACCUUACGAACGACCUCCCCCGCCUCCUCAUCAACAUCAGCCGCACAUAACGAAUAUUGGCGGUAACGGUAUGAUGGACAAUAAAUUAGGCUUCGGCGGGCAUUGGAGUCAGUUCCAGCAGCCGGCGCCAACGGUCCCGCACGGGGUGCCGGAGUGGUGGUGUCCCACGCAGGAGACAUACCACCACCACCACCUGAUGCACCACUCGGGAGCCGCCGCCGCUUAUUGACCACACCGCGCUUAGGGAACUCUUCAUUCGACGCUUAGACAGCACAACGAUCUAUCCGGCUAAACGAAAUUAAAAUAAGAAUAGUCACAAUUUUCCUUCUCUUGAUUAUAUUUCUCUCUCCACUAACGAAGAUCGUUACAUUGCUACAAUACCGUGGAAUGAAAAGUUCGCUAAAGCGCGAGACAUCCUUCAAAAAUAUAUUACGCUUAUAAAUCUGAUAAGUCCAUAGAAUAGUCCGGCCACUGAUGUACAGACCACUGCCGUCCGAGAGUUUUAUGAUAUUGAAUUCUACUGACUGUAAGGUAAGAGUUAUUUGUAAGGACAUUGUAAUGUUGUUACAAUAGUCUCGUGUCAAUCUCUUGUUUACAUUAAAACAAGCAAGUUGUAUACAAUGACCACUAGUUGAAUGCUGUACAAUGUGCUGUAUAUUUUCUGUAAACAGUGUUCGUGAAAACGAGUCUUUAUGUUGAAGAUGCAUUCCUUGGAGUAUUGUCCGUUAGGAUCCAUUGUCACCGGUGGGACGUUUUAUUCAGCGAAAACUUUGUCAACAUCAUUGCUGACAGUGAUUUAUGACAGCCUUUAUCUAGAGUAAGCAUAAUGUACAAACAGUUGCAUUGUUAAUAAGUUUACAAAAACAAAUAAUUGAAUAUACAAAAUCUUUAGUCCCUCGGGACUAUUUGUUUUAGACGAGAUGCCUUAGAUCUAUUAAUCAUUUAUUUUAACGAUAAAUCCAUCAAUGCUGGCUACAUCAUCAAACGCCUGCUUUGCAUACAAUCCUUACAAAAUAAAACUAUUAUGAUCAGCAUAGCCAAAGCACCGAAGUCCAAUAAAACUACGAUUUAUAGGUUGUAAAAUUCUUGUAAAUGUUUUAGUUUAGAAUAGUUAAAGUAUUGUAAAAAUAUUUUAAGAAUGAAAUGCCCAGUGAUAAUAGUCGUAAGCGAUUUAUUUUAUUGUAAAUUUGUCUGUGUCGUUGCUAUAAACUGUGCUAUCGAUUUCUGACCUAUGACUAACUGACUAUAAUAUUUUAAAUAAUGUAUAACUAUUUUUUCACGGAACGACAUUUAGGAGAGAACAUGAUAUUGUACUUAUAUCUAUUCUAUACAAAUAUGUACUAUAUAUAAUUAUACUUGAACGACUGAAGAGCACGAUGUAUUUUAAGUUAUUUUAAGAGAACUUGUUGAUUGUCUUUUCUACAGCCGUGUAAAUAGCAAAGAAAUUAAAUAAAGAAAAAUUGUAUUUCAUGAACCUGA